GCCAUCCCAUCCUUAUUGACGCACUCUCACAUGUAAGAGUCUCUUUGUCUGCGUGUGGUCCGCGAAAACAACCAAACCACCCGUUUGCGCGUACACAAUGCUGUCCCUCUGUGUGUGUCCUGGCUGAGUCCCACAUAUGCCGCCAUUCUACAUGGUCCAGUAGACGGCCCCAUAAGGCACAAUGCCCACACCCACGGCAACCACCACAGACAGCAGCCCAUACACGUACGCCCGCCACAGCUCGAGCCCAUGCAGCUCAGCCACAAACGUCGACACAGUCGACAGGGACGCGUCAAUCCCCGACAUGCUCGCCACAGUGAACUCCCCAGAGAGCUCGUCGAGCGAAUAUCCAUACAGCAGAAGCACGGCCGACAGCACGCCGUUUGCAAACGUCGCAACUACAUUGGCCAGAAAUGUGCCCAGAGGGAACUUGCCGGCGAACCGGGGAAGCUUGUUGACCUUCCCAAGCUGCCAUCGGACGAUGGCGCCUGCCGGGCCGAGCAGUGCCGGCAGCCAAUAGAUGUCGAACCUGUAACUGCUGCGGUCGAAUAUGGCUGCGCAGACCAGGGCGCCAUAACAGAUGAGGAACACGGCCGUGCCAGAGAGGAGGAGGCAACCGUUGUGGAACCUCUGCUCAGCUGUUGGCAUCUUGGCCGGCGCAUCUGCAGUGGUGUCACCAUUAUUGUCAGGCCGACUGAUGGGCGGUCGAUUGUCUUCGACAAAGAGCAGGUUCUCGAGGGCGCUGUCGAGCUGGAGGAUGGCUGACCACGAUCUCCUCAGCACGGCGCCCCUCAUCUCUCUGUGCAAGCCACGCAUGCUGUCCACCGCUUCUUUGUGCUGGCCACUCAGCGUGUCAACCAUGCCCGUUUGUACCGUCUUGGUGUCCUCCUCCUUUUCCUCAGCCACAGCCGCCACAGUAGGUUCCAGCAUCCUUUCCAGCAGCAGGUGAGCGUGCUUCCCGACAAAAAAGCUCAUUAUCGACACAUGGAAGCCCAGCAUGACCAUGAGCAGCGCCGUGACCACCUGCCCGUCCGCAAGGUGCUUGAUCACGCGAUACAUCCAAGAGGCAAACGUCGUGAAGGAUCCACAGAAGCCAGUUGACACCCCCAAGUGCACGGAAGGCCCCGUCGCGCGCUUGAUCCGCUCCACGGCGCUGGCCGCCAUCCCCAUUGUGAAGCUGCCCAGUGCAUUCGCCGGCAGCUCAGAAAACAAGGGCGGCGGCAUGACGUUCCACAGUGGAGGGCCGAAUAGCUGCGAUGUCCCUUGGCGUGCAAGCACCCCGAGGAUGGCGAAAAGGGACACAUGGAUGGUCUCGCGGCAGGUGUGCUCGAAGGAAUGGCCGCUGAAGCCGUCGUGCUUGGGCCUGGAGAAGGCGCGACGCUGCACUGUAGGCGGGUGGGACGUGCCAUUGGAGUUGGUGACGCCGUUGUUGGCUUCGAUGUCACGCCGGUUUGACAAGCCGCAGUCGUCUGCAGAUCUGAUUGACUCGUCCUUCUGUUCUCUGUUCAUCGCAUUCGCUCGUCAUGAAAGCGCUCCACGCCUCCCGGCCACUCAGC